AUGAACAGCACCCCAGCACGAAAACGCCACCGCACGCGACUUCGCGACUCACUCGAUAAUGAAGACGAGGAUCAUGCUUUGGACGCAAUGCUUGUAGAAUUAGGUAUUCCAUGCACCACAUCCCGCAGUGCAACUUCUAAACAAAGCCGCUAUGAGGUUAUUGAGCUCACAACGCCAUCACCGCCACCAAGACAAGUAAAAGUGCAGAAUGAUGGUCGUUCUAUUGUCGUGGACUUGACUACGUCGCCGGAAUUGCCAAGUCCCAGUCUUCAAAGCUACAAAACAACUCAAAAUGUCGUUAUGGGCGUUGACGAACAAGAAAGUGAAGUUUCUUUCUCCUACUCUCCGUCUGCUUCUCCACCACCUCAUGUGUAUUCUAUCCACACAGAAUCUACAUCUACUGCAGUAAUUUUGUCAGAAGAUGAACCGGAAAUCUUAUCUCCUGAGAUAACAAAGAAACCAGACAAUACCACGAGAAUAGAGGCAAAACAGAAGAGAAGGUUAUCUGGGCGAUUGAGAGACUUGCACUCUGAGGUAGAUAGAGGUAAUGAAAACGCAAACUCAAUGACUAAGAAGACAAUUGCAGCUGGUAAUCUGGACAAAAAUGUCGCUCAUAAAGCAAUUUACUCAACUUCUCGUUCCGAAAUUACGGGUGAAAGGACUUUAGAAACAUCAGUUGGAGUGAUUGCAAUCGUUCAAAUGGAAAAAGUGCUAGAUCUGUCAGAAGUGGGUCAAAAGAUUCGUGAUGCGCUAAAAAAUCACAUGUACAAUGGAAAAAGUGUGGCGUUUACUGUGUCUAGUUCGCUGAAUUGUAUUAUACCAGGUGUCAUUCGGUGGGAGCGAAAAGAUGAAAAUGGUUCACAUUAUUCUUGUGCUAUUUAUUACAAAGCAGACACGUUUUUGAGCUUGAUUCUUAAGAGCUACAACGAAUUGAUUGUUGCUAUAAAAUAUCUUCAAACUUUAGUGCCGACGACAAAAAAUCCAUGGCAAGAGGAAGAAAAGAUAAAGUACUUUGUUAUUAUUGAAGGCAUGGAUCGAGCUUUGAUUGCGUUGAACAGGCAGUUAAAGAAGAAUCAAAAAGAAACAUCUCAGAGUGCGACGUCACGAUUGAUUUCGUUUGCGGAUUUGCACGAGGUUGCAUUUCAGUUAUUUAUGGAUAUGAACGUUCACACAAAAUUUACGUGUGAUCUUGAAGCUUCGGCAGAUUAUGUGGCAUUGCUGACACGGGAAUUGAUCGUUGCUUCAUCACAUUCGACAGCUCUCGAAGACGAUUUAGAGUCAGCUCCUCGAUACCACUCAUUUCGCGUUUUGCAUAACGGGCAGACAGCAAGCGCAAGUGCCAAUGCGUGGCUCAGAAUGCUUCAAGUGAUUCCUGGUGUAAGUGAGGAUAAGGCGCAGUAUCUCUUGAAUCAUUUUCCUACUUUCCACAGCCUCAUGCAGAUGUAUCGUGAUCCAAACCUUUCACGUGCUCAAAAAGAGGAUCUUGUCGCUGACAAAUUGCACAGCACUCGCAUUCAAAGAGCACUUUCGAAGCGAAUCUUUACAGUAUUUUGUGAAGCGAAUCCUGACACAAUGAUUUAG